UUCAAACUUCCAAAAGUCGGCUUUCGCGAUUUUCACAGACCUCAUCAGGCUUGGGGGCCUCCACUAUGUCCCCUGGCGCAGCUGGUGGAGAAGGCGGUGGAAGUGGAGGUGGAAGAGGAGGUGGAAACGGAAGUGGAAGUGGAAGCCUUCGUAAAUGCAGUCUUGCAAAUAUG